CCGAGAAGCGGGCGUCUUCUCUCGCUGGUGACCAUGUAUCAGGGCAGCCAACGUCAUGUCUCGGGCAACGAUCCCACGAGGCCUUUCCAGGUGCCUCCUCCUCCUCCUCCACCGCCGUCCAUGGCGCCUUCUAUGGUCGGGCCUCAGAUGAACAUGAUGGUGCCCCCUCCCCCACCGAUUCGAUAUCCUGCUGUGCCUGGGCAAGCCCAAGGCGUCAUGAUCCCACCCCCGCCAGGCCCUCCUCCUGGAGGCGGCAUGAUGCAGGCUCCAAACUGGCACGGCAACUUUGGUCGCCUGUACGAUGGCCGACCGAGUUACAACUUGCCUCCGCCGCCUCCAACCAACCAACAUCAGCCGUAUAACCCUACCAAGUUUCACGCCGCGAUGCAGGCGGGACAAGCAAUGGUCAUGCCUCCUCCUCCACGCCCGAGCGACGGAAUGGGCGCAACGUAUAUACCGACGGGGGACACGUAUGGCGAAGGUGUGGGCAUACCAGCGUUUGGUCGAGAAGAAUCGCAGACUUCAUGGCUGCAGAACGGGACGGACACUGGCACUAUGAUGUCAAUGGAUGACAGGCAGCAGCAGGCAUAUAUGGGAGGAAGCCAUGCCAAGGGACCACCAAACGCGCCCAAUGCGCCCACAACCGCCACUGCGCCAAGUACGAUCCCUCCCGAAAUAGCAGCCCAGUGGCCACUGGAUAAGGUCUUGCUGUGGCUGGCACAGAACCAGUUCUCCAAAGACUGGCAAGAGACGUUCAGAUCACUGAACCUGUAUGGCGCACAGUUCUUGGAACUAGGUAGUGCCCACGGCGGCCGUGGAAACUUUGGUAUGAUGCACCAGCGGGUGUAUCCUCGAUUGGCGCAGGAGUGUACGAAUAGCGGGACGGGAUGGGACCAGCCGAGAGAGAGGGAGGAGGGAAAGCGGAUGCGGAGGUUGAUUAGGAGUGUCGUUACCGGCCGCCCCGUCGAAGCUUCCAAGGCUAUACCCGCUCACAGUCGGAAGGAGUCUACAGCUUCUAGCCAACCUUCCAAUCUUCCUACUGCUAGCUCAGAUGCCGCCGAUACUCUCGAGUCUCCCAUUGUGCCACUCAACUCCAUUGCCGCCAGAAGAUUUUCUCAAACCAGAUCGACAACAAUGCCACCUGCAAACGGUACUGAUAUGAACCACAGAACAGUUCUGAAGAACCUCGAACUCGGACGUCAGAGUCCCACGGCUGAACAGACAGCCAGCCCAGGUGGCAGCCCAGCCCCCCAGCCCACUCUUUUCCACUCGGCCACCACUCCUAUUCUUUCGUCGUCACCAAGCUCAUCCAAGUUUACCCAUCGCUCAAGGAAUAGCACUGAUUCGGCUGCUUCCAAUGCCGCGAUAUAUGGGUCGGGAAUUCCGCCAGAGGCAAUCGGAUUAAUGAACCGAGGAAUGAGCUUGGCGGAGCUGAUGUCCGCGUCGAGAAGUCAAGAAGGCUACUCUAAGCAUGCGGAAUCUCCUUCCUCUGCCAAGGACAAUAAGAGUUUUCUCAGUUUCCUCUCUAGAAAAAAGCGCCAGCAAGUAGACGGCGCUUUUCCUUCACCUGAUGAUCUUGAUUCUCCCACUUCACCAGCGGCCUUUUAUAAGCCCAUGUCGAUGGCUACUCACGGGUCCGAUGCAAGUGACGCACACCUGGACACAUCCAGCAUCACUUCGCAGUACAGAGCAAGACACCAUGCCACCCAAAGCAGAGUGUACGUCUUGGCCACUAUGGACUAUUGGAACUACCGCAUGUGUGAUAUCACAGAGGCAGUGACUGCCGCGGAUAUUCGUCAAGCUAUCUGCUUGAACCUUGGCCUUCCUGAUAUUGAGGGUUCAUUCAUAUUUACUACUGAAUUGGGCCAAUUUGAACACGCAGAGCCUCUAGAUGAUCAAAAGCUUCUAACCGCCAAGCGAGUAAAGGCGGAUUCUGCGGGGACGCUCAAGUUCUUUGUUACUUCACAUAGCGCACUAACCCCCAGUCUGAGCAGUGAAGUGCCAACCCUGUUGUCGCCAGAUGCCAUCCCGCCAGGAAUAGAUGCGGAGGCGUAUGCGCGCCUCAAUGGACGCCAGAGAUCUAGCUCGUCUCCGCCUACUUCUCGAUCAAAUACGUUAACGACGGACAAGGUGGACGAGAGUACUUUGGCUCAGAGGGCGAGCGAGUAUAGGGCCGAGAUGGCAAGGAAGCAGCGCGAAUAUCUCGCGGACAGAAAACAGGCUAACAUGAAAGAGAGCCCAGUCGUGCCACCUGAAUCCGUUGUAGGUUUUGGCAUUGUGGGUAGGAAUGUUGAUUUCGACCAGCCUCGAAACUCGCCAUAUGAAGAUAGAAAGCCCGAGCACCUCCUCCCCCAACGACGGCCACCGGCACCGCCAAGUGAUCCCUCCGCAACACUGAUCAAGGCGAACUCACUCAGCAGGAAGACGGGGCGGCACAUGAACGGCAAUGUUGCUGAAGGUCAUGCGACGCCGCGAUACCCACUCCCUUCGGCUGUGCCGCCCGAAACUGAGGCAUCGGAGAGUGGUAAGAAGCCUCAACCAAAGUUCAACAUACCUGCCGCGGGCAUGGGCGGCUUUGUAGGCGCGGCACUGGUUGGCAUGGGCAGAAAUCUGGGGGCCAUUGGACAAUCAACGGCCAACGGGCCCCGAGCAGUGUCCCCAAACAGAGCUGCGACACAACCAGUCGGAGCCAGCAACGGCUCUCAGCAGCUGCCGCUAGGUAAGAAAGCUAUGUCUAUUGUUAAUUUUCGUGAGCCCGGCUCGAACAGGCCUAGUCCUGGCUCAGGCUCUCCCAAGACUCUUACUUGGAGCCCUGGAAACAUGUCCUUUGUUGUGCCUGACUAUUCACCUGCCCCUUCGCCCCCUUUGGCGGCUUCAAUGUUAAGCAAUGAUGAACCAAUUACUAAAUUCAACAUGAUAGGCCAACGGCCGCCGUCGUCGCCGGCAGAGCUUAGCCCCAGUUCAACCCGGCCGCCGCCCAUGGCAAACCAGUCAUCCCCACCCCCUGCCAACCCGAAAUCCCCUGGCCCAGACCUGGACUUUACUGAUACAGACGUCCAAUUCACCCAACCACCCCAAUCCCAGCAGUCCUCGUCUACCCAAGGCCGUCAGCCGCCGGCCGAUGAUAGCGACGACGAUUCUGACGAUGGUUUGUUUGCUAUUCCGCUCGCCGGCAGAGGAAAAGGCAAGGAACCAAACGGCAGACCUGGACAUGCGCAGAAACCCAGCUUGACCGUGAAUACUUCCCGACCAAAGGGUAAAACUCUAUCGGUCUCGUUCACCUCCCCCAAAUCCAUAGGCGACAACGCCGACGAUUGGUCGAGGACAGGAAACGGUUCUCGCCGAACUCCUGGAACCCCUGGUUCGGAAACCUGGGAGUCUGACAAGGAAGUCAAACUUGGCCGCCGCAAGUCGUUUAUUGAGAAGGACGUGUGGGCGAAUCGACCUCCCACCGAUGAUUUGCUCAACAACCUCGACGAUUUCUUCCCCAACUACGACCUUGAUGAACCUGUUCUUGAGGACAGUGUCUCAGGUGAAACAACAACCUCUCCGAUCCCCGAAGUCGAGGAGUCACCACAGCAGACUGUGCCCCCUCCUGUUCCGGCUCCUGCCAUGUACCAGGACAACAUUAACGCUCAUUCUGCUGCUGCGUCUUCCAGCCAACCUGUCUAUGAUGGGGAUACGCUUGGCUCUGACGAGUCGACGUUGAAGGCCUUGGACCGUCGCCCGUCCAUACAGACGGUGGCGCAAAAGAGCAUGAGACGUUCCGGCGGACUUGGACGUAUGAAGUCCAUCCGUGAAGUUGCGAGGGGUGCCCAUGAGGCUAACAAACGAUUCACUCACGCGCCGCACAACUCCGGUAACGCCACUACCAGCGGAAUCAUGCGCCGAAAGAGUACCAAGAUGUUCAACGCCAACAUUGUGCAAAUUAGGCCAGACCAGCGCGGCGGCAUGGUUUUCCCUCGUGAAAUCCCGCAAGAUACCCUGCCCAGGCGACAGACGACAUUUAGGUGGUUCAAGGGCCAGCUCAUCGGCAAAGGUACUUAUGGACGCGUCUAUCUGGGUAUGAAUGCCACGACUGGUGAAUUCUUGGCUGUCAAGGAAGUUGAAGUCAACCCCAAGGCGGCGGGAGGAGACAAGAGUAAGAUGAAGGAACUCGUAGCCGCUCUGGAUCACGAAAUCGACACAAUGCAGCAUUUAGACCACGUCAACAUCGUACAAUACUUGGGAUGCGAGCGAAAGGAAACCAGCAUUAGCAUCUUCCUGGAAUAUAUUCCUGGUGGCAGCAUCGGCUCAUGCCUACGCAAGCACGGCAAGUUUGAAGAAUCGGUUGUAUCAUCUCUUACACGGCAGACGUUGUCUGGGCUAGCGUAUCUCCACCGAGAGGGUAUUUUGCAUCGAGACUUGAAGGCGGACAACAUCCUGCUGGAUCUCGAUGGAACGUGUAAGAUUAGCGAUUUCGGAAUUUCCAAAAAGACGGAUAACAUCUAUGGCAACGACAAGUCAAACAACAUGCAGGGCUCCGUAUUCUGGAUGGCACCCGAGGUUAUUCGGUCGCAAAAUGAAGGGUACAGUGCCAAAGUGGACAUUUGGAGCUUGGGAUGCGUCGUGUUGGAAAUGUUUGCGGGACGGCGGCCGUGGAGCAAAGAAGAAGCCGUUGGAGCCAUCUACAAGAUUGCAAACGGAGAGACGCCCCCUAUCCCUGAAGAUAUCCAGGAAACCAUAGGCCACCUCGCUGUGGCGUUUAUGAUGGACUGCUUCCAAGUGAAUCCAUUCGAUCGGCCAACAGCCGACGUGCUUCUCUCGCAGCAUCCGUUCUGCGACUUGGACUCCAGCUAUAACUUUUACGAUACCGUCUUGUAUACGAAGAUUAAGGAGACGUAUAAGUCGGCGUAA